AUGAAAGGGCUGGACAAAGGGCGUGGCGUCCUGCACCUGCAUGAGAGCAGCGGGAUCCAUGACGUCGGCCUGCCCCAGUGGCAGCUCUUACUCUGUCUGAUGGUCGUCGUCAUCAUCCUGUUUUUUAGCCUCUGGAAAGGAGUGAAGACAUUGGGAAAGCUUGUCCACUGCCACGUUGUGUGGAUCACGGCCACGCUGCCUUACCUCGUGCUGUUUGUGCUCCUGGUCCACGGCGUCACACUGCCCGGCGCCUCCAACGGCAUCAACGCCUACCUGCACAUCGACUUCUACCGCCUGAAAGAGGCCACGGUAUGGAUUGAUGCUGCAACUCAGAUUUUUUUUUCCUUGGGGGCUGGAUUUGGAGUCUUGAUUGCAUUUGCCAGUUACCACAAAUUUGACAACUGCUACAGGGAUGCCCUGCUCACCAGCACCAUCAACCGUGUCACCAGCUUCAUCUCGGGGUUCGCCAUCUUCUCCAUCCUCGGCUACAUGGCCCAUUGCCACUGAAGGUCCUUGGUGUUUCUUGCAGGAGCUGGCCUAGUCUUCAUCCUGUACCCAGAAGCCAUUUCCACCCUGUCGGGAUCCACAUUCUGGGCUAUUGUGUUCUUCAUCAUGCUCCUGGCUCUAGGAAUUGACAGCUCAAUGGGAGGCCUGGCCGACGACUUCCAGGUCCUGAAGCGACACAGGAAGCUCUUCACCUUUGGAGUUACCUUUGGAACUUUCCUUCUGGCCCUAUUUUGCAUAACCAAGGGUGGGAUAUACGUGCUGACCCUGCUGGACACAUUUGCCGCGGGGACCUCCAUUCUUUUUGCUGUGCUCAUGGAAGCCAUUGGAGUGUCCUGGUUUUAUGGUGUGGACAGGUUCAGCAAUGACAUCCAGCAGAUGAUGGGGUUCAAGCCGGGCCUGUACUGGAGACUGUGCUGGAAUUUUGUCAGCCCUGCCUUCCUCCUGUUUGUGGUGGUGGUCAGCGUCAUCAGCUUCAAGCCGCUCACCUACGAUGACUACAUCUUCCCACUGUGGGCCAACUGGGUGGGCUGGGGCAUCGCGCUCUCCUCCAUGGCCCUGGUGCCCACCUACACCGCCUACAAGUUCCUCAGCACGCGGGGCUCCAUUUGGGAGAGACUGGCCUAUGUCAUCACGCCAGAGAGUGAGCAUCUCCUGGUGGCCCAGAGGGAUGUCAGGCAGUUCCAGCUGCAGCACUGGUUGGCCCUCUGAACCUGACCCCCAGGAGGGACCCUGCUGUGCCGAUGUCCAGGUCAAGUCACCACCACCCUGGACGCUGUCCUGGGAUUCCUCUCCUGGAGGCGUUCUUUCCUACCCUUCU